CGGAAGGGGCGGGGCGCGGUUUGAACGGGGCGGCGGGGACGCGGCGCAGGCUCCAUGGCCAGGCAGCUCAGCCGCGAGCAGCAGGGCAUCACCCUGCGGGGCAGCGCCGAGAUCGUCGCCGAGUUCUUCUCCUAUGGAAUCAACAGCAUCCUCUACCAGCGGGGCAUCUACCCCCCCGAGACCUUCACCCGCGUCCAGAAGUACGGGCUCACCCUCCUCGUCACCACCGACCCCGAGCUGAAGAACUACCUCAACAACGUGGUGGAGCAGAUGAAAGAGUGGCUGUACAAGUGCAUCGUGCAGCGCCUGGUGGUGGUCAUCUCCAGUACCGAAAACAACGAGGUCCUGGAGCGGUGGCAGUUUGACAUAGAGUGUGACAAAACUGCGAAAGAUGAGAGUGCACCACGAGAAAAAUCUCAGAAAGCUAUUCAGGAUGAAAUUCGCUCUGUAAUCAGACAAAUAACUGCCACAGUAACUUUUCUGCCACUGUUGGAAACUGCCUGUGCCUUUGACUUGCUGAUAUACACGGAUAAAGACUUGGCAGUACCAGAGAAAUGGGAAGAGUCAGGACCACAAUUCAUAGCCAAUUCAGAAGAGGUUCGUCUGCGUUCCUUCACUACUACAGUCCACAAAGUCAAUAGUAUGGUGGCUUACAAAAAGGAUUCCUUCCCCUGAGAUGGGGGGGGCGGGGUUUAUAUGGUGUUACCUUGUUAAUUUUCUGUUUCUAGUGCAGCUAAGUUGUGAACACAUCAUUACUGUUGCUCUUGCUGAAUGAUGAUGCAGAAAAAAGGCAACAUGUUUGUCUGUGAUAAUGUGAUGUCACACUAGACUAAGCUGGCAUUGUUCUUGAGGUUUACAUAAGGUAUUCAUAAUGAUAGUUUAGCUCAUACAGUUGAGUAAGACUUGAACUAACGGUAUGUUAAACUGCCACAUUGACUAGAAACACUGCCUAAAUCUAGGAUCUUUUAAUUUAGUAUUUUAAGAUUACUAUAUACUACAUUCUAUUAGCAGGCUUAAGUUCUCUCUGGCACAAAAAAAAAUAAUAAAUCUCACUCCUGACAGCCAGUUCUUAAUGUUAAAAGCCUGAGCUGUCAUUACCAGAAAUGAAUCAACAGCACAAUUCUGUAGUUACUUGUAGCUCUUUACAAUGAAAACAGCUGUUUAUCAGGAAAAUCUUAAAAUAUGUGAAGCCUUGUACAUUAACAACUGCUGGACUCUUGCU